AUGCCGAGAGACCGAUUUCCGGCCUGGAAAUUGAACGACCAGGAUUCGCAGUGUUUUGUCAAAGCUUUGGAAACUCCACUCUUCAUGACCACACAUGCCCACACGCCAAUUCAUCACAUCGAACGAAAACUGCAGGAAGGCACCGCAACGACGACGCCGACCACGUACAGCGAAGCGCGCACCGUGGUGGGCACCCCGGUUACAGUAAGCGGGCAGCACACGGUGGCCACGGGAGGAGACGGUGACAGACGUAACAGGCUGGCCGCUGGCGUGGGCUGCACUUUUGCUGGCCUGCUCAUUCAUUCUGUGAGGAAGGGGAGGGGAGGGGAGGGGAAGGGAAGGGAAGGGAAGGAAUGA